AUGUUCGUCCAUACAUGGUUUGUGUUGCUUCUCCUUGAAUCGAAUUGCAUUGCUUAUUUCGUUCUAUAGUGAAACAAUUUCUUUAUUCUAAUCGAGUGCGAACUGAUAUUAUUGCAGUUAACGUUGAAUCACUCCCGAGAAACAAUAUUACUUUAUCGACCAUGAUAGGAGUCUUUCUUGUUUCUGUUUUGCUACUUCUGCUUGCACUGCUAUUCCUAGCUCAUCAUAGAUGGGAAAAUUCGGCGUACGUGAAAACGAUUGACCUCAUUCCCGGAGUGACAAGGAAAUUCAUCGUGGGCAAUGUCACUGCUUUGCCUAAGGAAAGUGACGAAGUCCUGCAAACCGUGCAAGGCAAAUGGGUGAAACAGUAUGGUCGCAUCUACCGCAUUUGGCUCGCAUUCCGACCGUUUGUUCAAAUUUCGUCUCCAGUUUUUAUUGAAAAAAUCCUGACGAGUCAUACGCUGAUAGACAAAGGAAAAUCUUACAGUAUCCUUAGACCAUGGCUUGGCGACGGGCUAUUGCUGGCAUCAGGGGACAAGUGGAGGAGGAGCCGACGUCUUUUGACACCUGCAUUUCACUUCCAGAUUCUUGACAAUUUCUUUGACGUUUUUAAUAAAAACGCUGAAAUUCUAUGUGAACAAUUAGCCAAAGUCACCAAAACCUCAACCUCGGGAGAAUUUAAGGAAGACGUUGAUGUCUUUCCUUUCUUGAAAAAAUGUACACUAGACAUCAUUUGCGAGGCUGCAAUGGGCAUUACGGUCAAUGCUCAGCUAGAAGAUUCGGAAUAUAUUAGAAACGUUCACAGAAUAUCAGAAAUUGUUAUUGAAAGAUUCUUGUCUGGAAAAAGUAUGUUUCCCGAUUGGCUGUACCAUUUGACACCAAGCGGAAGAGAACACAAGAAAAUAUUAAAGCAGAUGCACGGUUUUACUUCAAAAGUUAUUCGCGAAAGGAAAGUAGAAAUUGCCCUUGAAGAGGACUUGCCGGAAGAGGCGAAAGAUGAAGAAAUCACUGGAACCAAGAAACGUAGGGCUUUCCUAGAUUUGAUGCUUAUAGCCAACAAAAAUGGAGUUGAACUAAGCGACCUCGACAUCCGCAAUGAAGUGGACACUUUCAUGUUCGAGGGACACGAUACAACUGCUUCUGCCAUUAUUUGGUUUCUCUACUGCAUGGCCGUCAACCCUAAGCACCAGGCCCUUGUGCAGGAAGAGCUGAACGAGGUUUUUGGAGACUCUGAUCGUCCCUGCACCAUGGAAGACACAACAAAAUUAAAAUACCUCGAAUGCUGCAUCAAGGAGUCACUCCGGCUCUAUCCUGCCGUACCCAUAAUCAGCCGGUACAUCAGUGAAGACUUUGAACUGGGAGGGUAUAACAUCCCAAAAGCCAGUUUCGUCUCCCUGCAAAUCUACGCCCUUCACCGUAACGAAGAAUUUUUUCCUGAACCUGAAGUGUUCAAUCCCGAACGUUUUCAAACGAAUGAAGCCAUUGGUAGACACGCGUUCGCAUUCGUUCCAUUCAGUGCAGGAUCAAGGAAUUGUAUCGGUCAGAGAUUCGCUAUGUUUGAAGAGAAAGUGCUAACUUCGACUCUACUUCGUCGAUUCCAAUUUUCCUACGAUUUAGACAAGCUCGGACCACGUAAAGGCAUUGCUGACUUAGUUUUGAAACCUAUGGGUGGCAUGCCAUUGCAAAUUGUCCCGUAUCUACAGUAAGGUAGAUAUUUAUUUUUUUGUGGGGAUGAAACUUAAUGGCGAAAUGUGCUCUUAGUGAAAACCGUUUCUAGAACUUUUAAUGCGGUUGUACCAUUGGAUACUUUUCCAAUAUCCAUGACUCGGUAACAAAGUUAUGGUUGUAAUAACUUGUAUCGUUAAUGGCUGGUGAUUGAAGUGUUGGUCUAUUAGAUAUAAACCUAUAACUGAAAUUAAAAUAUUACUUUAUACCAAAAACA